UCACGGUAAAUGGAUAUGGGAGAGUACACGUGUCUUGUCCUGAUUUGUAGUUUUGUUGAGUUGUUCUUUCUGUGCUGAACAAAAGAUAUCGCAAAGUUAAAAGCGCGAUUUUGGAUUCCCCGAUCCCCUGAACGCUAAGGUAAGUAACUCAUAAUCAUCUCUUCUACGGCUUUGGAAUUUGAUCAACGGUUUUUAUUCUUUACUGGUUCCUACUGUAAGGUCGUGAUCUCUCAACAAUUUCUACACUGCAAUGUCCAUUGAAUAACAAACAUGUUUAGAGAAUUUGUUUGUAACUAUAGUUUUGCAAAUUCAUUUUGAUUAGUGGUAAUCGUUCAUCUUUUUUACAAAAGAUGCCACUGGUUGUCAUUCACGGGCAGACAAUUCUGCAUACCAAAUCUUUUCUUAAUGUCAGAUUAAACCUAUACUUACAAAAACCACUUAAAUCUAGAAUUUCCCAUUUAGUUUUCAGCUUAGUUCCUAACCAUAAUCAUGGAAAACUAUGUCUUAGUGGGGCAAAAAUUGAACCUAAUAUAAAAAUCAGGAAGACUUUUUUCCUUGAUAAGAUACGAGUGGCCGACGAAUAUCAAGAAAACUUGCCUGAUGAAGAUGAUGAUCUUUGUCCUGUUGAAUGUGUGAGAGAGUUUAAGACUGAUGAAGAGUUCUUCAGAAUUUUGGAGAAGUCUAAAGGAACUGGAUCUCUUGUUGUGGUGGAUUUCUUCCGCACCUCUUGUGGAAGUUGCAAGUAUAUAGAGCAGGGUUUUGCAAAGUUGUGUAAGAAAUCUGGUAGCCAUGAUGUUCCUGUUAUCUUUCUAAAGCAUAAUGUAAUUGAUGAGUAUGAUGAGGAAUCCGAGGUUGCUGAGCGACUUAGAAUCAGGGCGGUGCCUCUCUUUCACUUCUACAAAGAUGGGAAACUGUUGGAAGCAUUCCCAACCAGAGACAAAGAAAGAAUUCUUGCUGCUAUCCUCAAGUACUCAUCUCUUGAAGCUGAAGAUAUUUUGAGCUAACUUAAUGCAUGUUUGGAUUGCCAAAUCAUAGUAUGUUACCGUAAUUUUGUUAGCUUUCACAAAAUAAGGGCGACGCCGUGAUUUUACCAAAAUUCAAUGUUAAUCCAAACAUGUACGGAUGGUGUCAAGACGCUGUCUCGGGACUGUUGUACAGAGAAAUUGGUCUUUGUGCGAGACAAUAUUCAUUAAACAACAUUCUCUAUACUCAAAAUAAGUAUACUUCGGUCCUGUCACCCUAUUUCACUUUGUUGGGAAGCAUCCAGUGAGAAUCCAUUACUCAUUAUAAAAAUGAAAAAGACCGUUUAAUGUUUGCUGAUACUGGUAAAUGAGCCUGAUUGUGAAGGUGAUUCAAAACUCAAUUGAGUACAUGUAAAUUUGAUUCAAUUAAUAAUUACCAGUCGUAAUGAUUCUGAAUAUGAAAUUUACUUCAAUUUAAA